AAGACUUUUCUGUACAUAGGAAGAGUAAACAACGCUGUUAGCUUUGGUUUACCGGGUAAAACUGCACCCAUUUCAUUUCCUGCGCCUUAUAAAACCCAACCAAAUGAACGUUUGAGCCAUCCAUCUCUCUCUCUCUCUCUCUCUCUCUCUCUCUCUCUCUCUCUCUCUCUCUCCAAAUGGCCUUUUUGAACACCUGCCUCUUCUUCUUCCUUGCUAUCUUGGCAAUGACCCAUAUCUCAUCAGCAUCGCUGAAAGUGGGCCAUUAUCGAUAUACAUGCCCGUCUGCGGAAGCAAUCAUCCGACAUACAGUGAACAAAGCUGUUGCCCGGAACCCAGGACUUGUUGCUGGCCUAAUUAGGAUGCAUUUCCAUGAUUGUUUUGUUAGGGGCUGCGAUGGUUCUGUCCUACUUGAUUCCACGCCUGGAAAUCCUUCAGAGAAACGGCAUCCGGCCAACAAUCCAAGCCUACGUGGAUUUGAAGUGAUCGAUGAAGCAAAGGCCAGGAUUGAAGCUCAAUGCCCACAUACUGUCUCUUGCUCCGACAUCAUUGCCUUUGCGGCUCGUGAUAGUGCCUACAAGCUUGGUGGCAUUGACUACGCUGUGCCAUCGGGUCGCCGUGAUGGAAGAGUCUCUAUUGAAGAGGAAGUCACUCAAAAUCUCCCCCCACCUUCCUUCAAUGCCCAACAACUCAAGGAGAACUUCAAGCGAAAAGGGUUGUCUUUGGAUGAAAUGGUGACACUCUCUGGGGCCCACUCGAUCGGUGUUUCUCAUUGCUCUUCCUUCACGGAUCGCCUCUACUCCUUCAAUGCCACCCACCCACAAGAUCCUUCAAUGGACCGCAAGUUUGCAACCUACUUGAAAACAAGGUGUCCCCCUUCAACCUCUGAGAACGGUCAAGAUCCUACGGUGCACCUAGACAUGGCAACACCAAAUCGCCUGGAUAACAAGUAUUACCAGAAUUUGAAGCACCAUAGAGGAGUGUUGGAGUCAGAUCAAACACUAAUUACUAGCCCCUCGAUGUCGAGAAUGGUGAGGCACAAUGCGAAGCAUCAGUCAGCUUGGGCUGCAAAGUUCGCAGCUGCCAUGGUGCACAUGGGGUCGAUCGAUGUGUUGACCGGCUACCAAGGAGAGAUCAGGAAGAACUGUAGGGUUGUGAACUAUUGAAUCAUUCUAAUUUUAGGAAUUGCAAUAGUUCUUUCGUUCAUUUGAAUUUAUCUUUAAUUUGUUGAAAGAGAUUCCAAGUGUAAAUUAGUUUUUCAUGUAACUCCC